AUGCUACGAUCGGGACUCCACUUCCGGUGGGGAGGGGGGCGGGACCCCAGCCCGCUCACGCCGGAAGUGGUUUGCGCUCUCAAGAUGGCGACUCCCUAUGUAACUGACGAGACCGGCGGCAAGUACAUUGCCUCAACACAGCGACCUGACGGGACCUGGCGCAAGCAGCGGAGGGUGAAAGAAGGCUAUGUGCCCCAGGAGGAGGUCCCAGUGUAUGAGAACAAGUAUGUGAAGUUUUUCAAAAGCAAACCAGAAUUGCCCCCAGGGUUGAGCCUCGAGGCCAUUGCUCCUGCCAACCCAUCAAGGUCUGAAGGUGGGGAACCAGGCCUCUCCAAGACAGCCAAACGCAACCUGAAGCGGAAGGAGAAGAGGCGGCAGCAGCAGGAGAAAGGGGAGGCAGAGGCCUUGAGCCGGACUCUGGAAAAGGUGUCCCUGGGAGAGACAGCUCCGCUCCCCAGUGCUUCCCAGGGCUCCCGGGCAGCCCCGACAGCGGCCUCGGACCAGCCUGACCCAGCUGCUAUCACCGAGAGGGCCAAGAAGAUAAAGAACCUAAAGAAGAAGCUUCGGCAGGUGGAAGAGUUGCAGCAACGGAUCGAGGCUGGGGAAGUCAGCCAGCCCAGCAGAGAGCAGCUGGAGAAGCUCGCAAGGAGGAGGGUGCUGGAGGAGGAGCUGGAGGACUUGGAGCUCGGCCUGUGA